AUGUGUGACUUCACAGAAGAUCAGACUGCUGAGUUCAAAGAGGCCUUCCAGCUGUUUGACCGCACAGGGGAUGGAAAGAUCUUAUACAGCCAGUGUGGGGAAGUGAUGCGGGCCCUGGGCCAAAAUCCCAUCAAUGCUAAGGUGCUCAAGGUCUUAGGGAAUCCCAAGAGUGAUGAGAUGAAUGUGAAGGUUCUGGACUUUGAACACUUUCUGCCAAUGCUGCAGACGGUAGCAAAGAAUAAGGACCAGGGCACAUAUGAAGACUACAUAGAGGGGCUUCGGAUGUUUGAUAAGGAAGGGAAUGACACAGUCAUGGGGGCUGAAAUAUGGCAUGUUCUCAUCACUCUGGGUGAGAAGAUGACAGAGGAAGAAGUGGAAGUGUUGGUGGCAGGGCAUGAGGACAGCGAUGGUUGUAUCAACUAUGAAGAGCUAGUCUGGAUGGUGCUGAAUGGCUGA